UAAGAGAAGAACCCAUUUUAGCCGAAUUGCACCCAGUCAGGAGACUCAGAGUCAGGUGACAGAAUAUUAACCGCUCUUAGUAGGAGGAGCGCAGCAAAUCCCGAGUCCCGACACGAAUGGCGUUGCGGAGCCUGACGCUGCCUCUGCCUUUCCCCGCCGUAAUUCCACCAUUACCACCACCUUCUUCUUCUUCGUCGUCGAUGUCAUCUUCUUCUUGUUUGUGUAGUUUUAGACCAUACCAGUAUAAACCCAAUCCCGGUUGCUCUAUCGUUCUCCGCGCAAAACCCAUCAUCUUUCUCAACCGUCGGAGGCAAAGCCAUGUCGUUCGGAUGGCUCCCGAGGAAGAAAAGUUGACCCGUCGCUCCCCUCUCGAUUUCCCCAUUGAAUGGGAACGACCUAAGCCCGGGAGGAGACCGGAUAUAUUUCCCCAGUUUAGCCCAAUGAAAACACCAUUACCGCCUCCACUGCCAGCGGAUCCUCCAGAAGAAGAUGAAGAAGAGGAAGAAAAGAAAGAGGAGGAGGAAGAAGGAGAAGAAGAUCCUGAAAAGGAGAACCCAGAAAACCCAGGGCAGCAGUAGUUAUGCAACGAACCGGAGGAGUUUGUGGAGCAUAUUUCACUAAUGUGCUGCUGCUUUGUGCAUUUCAAGCUUCCCAAGUGAGGCUGAUAUAUGUGGAUGUGAUACUAUUUGGUAGAACGAAAGAUGGAUAUAUAGAAUUGAAGCUGUUGAAACAACUUUCUUGGAAUAAUACUAAAAUGUAAUGCUUGCUGCCUGAUUACUUGGAUA